CGCAUUUGAUUGACACGUCUUAACUUCAGCGCUGAACCUCCUGAAGCCGGUGUUCACGAGGUGUCAUUUGUAUAGGGGAGGAAGUGCUGCUGACGUCCCGUAGCGAGGAAGUUGGCUGUGGCCAUAGCGCGCACGCGUGUGUGUUUUAUGUUGGCGUUCCGCACUUUCAAAGCAUAGUUCAGCGCCGCCGCCUUUAUGCCACAGCUCCCAUCCACGUCGUCCUCGCCUCAGACAUCUCGUGCGAACGCGGCAGCAGCGCUCUCCGACCUGUCGGCGCAACCGUAUCGCUUACGACGUACAACUACCACGUGCAUAGAGGUUCGGUGGCGAGAUCUUUAUGAAUAUGUUUUGUUAAAAUAGUCGCGGAAGUCACGAAGUAGAUCUUGAACUUGAAAACGCUGUUUAGGUGUAGAUGUCAGGCUCAGGUAAGCACCCGAUCGUGAUGGACUCAACUCCAGCACUGUCCAGACUGGAAGUCACCAGUACCAUGAACCCGGACAGUGGCCUCAGUGGACGAAUGAAUCAUGCGAAGAACUUCCACGAUGGAGCACGAGCCCAGCUCAAAGGGUGUAUACCACUGUCCCAUCAGGUGGCUGGACACAAGUACGGAAUUAAUAAAGUGGGUAUUCUUCAGCAUCCAGAUGGUACUGUUCUAAAGCAGCUGCAACCCCCACCUCGAGGGCCAAGAGAAAUGCAGUUCUACUGUAUGGUUUAUGAUGAAAACUGCAGUGACCCAUACCUUUUAGACCUCCAGCAGUAUCUACCAAAGUACUAUGGCACUUGGACUUUCCCCGGUACACCCAAUGAUUUGUACCUGAAGCUUGAGGAUGUGAGCCGGAGGUUCAACAAACCAUGCAUCAUGGAUGUGAAAAUUGGACAGCGGAGCUAUGACCCUUAUGCUUCCCAGGAAAAGCAAGAGCAGCAGAUCAGUAAAUAUCCUCUAAUGGAGGAAAUUGGAUUCCUGGUCCUGGGCAUGAGAAUUUACCAGGUGACCUCAGACAGCUACAAGACAUACAAUCAGCAUUAUGGAAGAAGCCUCGUAAAAGACACCAUCAAAGAUGGUUUAGCCAAAUUCUUCAACAACGGAAAAGGUCUGCGGAAAGAUGCCAUCAUUAGCAGCAUUCAGAAGGUUCAAAAGAUCCUCCAGUGGUUUGAGGGCCAGAAGCAGCUGCAUUUUUAUGCAAGUUCUUUGUUGUUUGUGUAUGAAGGCUCACCAGAGCUGGGAGAGGUCAGGCUGGUCAGAAGUGAGCUCCCCAAGAGCAGAGGAGAGCCAAAAGAGUCCAACAAUGUCCAUGUGACUGGACUGAGCUCCCAUGGCCACAUGGCGGCUGCAUGCUUCCAGAGUAUCUCUGACACAUAUGUGCUGCACACCAGUGUGUAUGCCCAACAGCCUUAUGGUGACACUUUUCCUGAGACCCACUGCAGCAAGCAGAAAUUUGGCACCUCACAGAAGUUCCUCACCCAGGUCUCACUGGAGCACCCCUACCCAGAUUUUGCCAGUAGCCAGUUGGUGCAGGAAAAUAAUUCACAGGAUUCACAAGUUGAGCCAGGCUGCAGUGAAGUGGAGGUUAGGAUGAUCGACUUUGCUCAUGUCUUUCCUAGUGAGACUCGUGAUGAUGGGUAUAUAUAUGGGCUGAAGAACUUGUUAUGGGGGUUGCAAGAAAUCCUUCAUGAUUAAGUUUCAUGCUAUGCUUGACAUCAAUAGUGUUGAUGAACUCAUAAUUUUGGGGGGGCCAAGUCAAACACAAGUAGCAGUCACCAUCAGCUUGAUUACUGAUGGAGACUUUGUUACCCCACUCUCAGACAAGAGGCGCCUGAGUUGGAGUGAACUGCAAAGUGAUGAGAGCAGACACAAGUUAGUGUGUAAACACUGGUUCUGUGGGUAACUUAUUUCUUUUAUUUUUUUACAGUUUCAAUAUAAACAAGGUAAAUGUAAUAAAAUAGUAAUCAAUUCAAUGGUCAACCCCACAUUUUGAUUUAACACCAACCUUUACCCUCACUCACUUCACAUGUAAUUGGAGUUCACUCGUAUUCCCACUGUCAUCAACUUCCUGUGUCCACAUUUGCUUCACCUCGGCACCACGUUUCUUAUAGUAUAUUUUGCUGUAUUUCUUCAGUGUACAGUUGCUCUGCUGAAUUAAUACUGUGAGAAUUUACUGUAAUCAGCACAUUUUUACCCACUGAGACAUCUACACAAACACCAAAAUUUCUAAUUUCUAGUACAAGUCAAACAUAAUUGUGUGAGUGAUAAUCACAUCCCAUAUACCUGCCUAUUAGCCUACUAAACGGGCCACGAUUGGCUUAAACUCAUUUGUAAAACAAACAUAUUGAAUUGAUUGAACCAACAAUUAACAUUUACACAAAACAUAAAUUAUGAGCUACAAAAUUCAGUAAUUCACUUUGUAAUAAUUUUACAACAUUUAUGAGGAUUUGAACCAUUCUACCAAGCUGCAACAUGAUAAGGAGACCAGAUGUGAGUUAGUGUAUAAACAGUUCUCUUUUGACAGAACCAGUGAUUUGUUAUCACUACCACUGCCAUCUACAGGAUAUACUAUGGAACAGCAUUCACAUGUUGGGCAAUCAGGAGCUUUUCUGUAACCAUCCCCCCCCACACACACUUGUCCCAUAUGGGGUCGCAGGGAACCGGAGCCUACCCAGUAACA